UUAAAGAAGAAAAAUAUAUAAAGCAAGAAGAUUGCAGUGUUCAAUACAAAGAUAUAAGUUUGAGACAUGAGCUUUCCGAAGAUCCAUUGACGGAAAAAGAACCUGAAAAAGCUGCAAACAGAGGAAUUACUCAUCAGAAUUAUUCAGGCAUGAAAAAACAAUUCAACAGACAAACGUUUUAUGAAUGUAAUAUAUGUACGAAGCUUUUUAGAUCGAAGAACUUGUUUGAAGGUCAUUUAGUGGCACAUAGUGACGCUCGACCCUAUCAAUGCGAUGUCUGUGGCAAGUGUUUCAAGAGAACCAAUACUUUAGCGGUACACAAGCGAAUUCACACUCACGAAAAAAAUUUUGUGUGCGAUGUGUGUGGUCACGCGUUUAUACAAGCUUCUCAGUUAGCUACUCAUUACAAGCGUCACUUCGAAAAGUAUACAACACACUGUGAGAUUUGCAAGAAGGGCUUCUUCACGAACGCCGAGCUCCACGGACACAUGAAUGUGAAGCAUGGCGCCAAGGAACACGUAUGUACUGCUUGCAACAAAUCUUUUCCCAAUAAUCACACCUUGGCGCGGCACUUGAAAAUUCAUGAUCCGAACUUCAAACCGGUGAAGCACCAAUGUGAGUUCUGCGGCAAGAUAUUCGCUUACAAGAACUCGUUGGUAGUCCACGUCAAGUCACACACCGGCGAAAACAAAUAUGACUGUCAUUUGUGUGGUAAAUCUGUCUCAUCUAAAGGAUCCCUUCAGGAUCAUUUGCGUCUUCAUGGCGGAGAGAAGUCUCUGGUCUGCGAUGUUUGUGGCAAGGCUUUUCACAAAAGAACGACAUUGGUCGUGCAUAAAAGAACUCAUACCGGCGAGAAACCGUACUCGUGCGAUACUUGCGGAAAAUCUUUCACGCAACAUUCGACUCUCGUUAUACAUAAACGAUAUCACACCGGUGAGAGACCAUAUCAGUGUAGUUAUUGCAGCAAAUCAUUUGUGUCUAGGGGAUUGCUUAAUGCUCAUAAUAAAGUACACAUGGUUAAUGAAAUAAUAAUGCAAUCGACAUAGUAAUCGAUAUAAUUUAUAUCUGUUUCUAUGAUACUGUGUCAGUUUCAUCUCGUGUUUAAAACAUUAUUGUGUAUAGUGAUAUUAUCAGACUUAUAUAUGGAUUCAAGCGAUGAAAUA